CUUCAAAAACCCUCUCUUUUAAUUUUGCUCUUCUUUUCUGAGAGCUCACUUUUGAUUCAGCCAUGGCGGUUUCCAAUCAAUCUUCAAAAAGUAACGACAAUGCGAACAAUCCGUCACUAACCCUUUCGGCAAUUCGAUCUGAUAUAUCUUCUCCUCACUCUCCUUUCUUUGUAGGAAAGGAAUUUCUAUGGGGUGCAAUUGCGGGUGCGUUUGGGGAAGGUGUUAUGCAUCCAGUUGAUACAAUUAAGACCCGGAUUCAGAGCCAAGCUAUUCUAAGUGGAUGCCAGAACCAAAAGAAUAUACUGCAGAUGGUUCAAACUGUUUGGAAGGCUGAUGGUUUAGCUGCUUUCUACAGAGGAAUCACUCCAGGGAUAACUGGAUCUCUUGCGACUGGUGCUACUUAUUUUGGAGUUAUAGAAUCUACCAAGAACUGGUUGGAAAAGAACCAUCCUAACUUAAGUGGUCAUUGGGCACACUUUAUUGCUGGUGCUAUUGGGGAUACUCUAGGCUCUGUCGUAUAUGUACCAUGUGAGGUGGUGAAGCAAAGGAUGCAGAUUCAAGGAACAAGGAAUUACUGGACUUCGGUUGUGAUGAAAGACAGUGCUCGUGGAAAACUUGGUAGCCCAGUGUAUGGUUACUAUUCAGGACUUUUUCAGGCUGGUUGUUCAAUAUGGAAGGAGCAAGGACCAAAGGGCUUAUAUGCUGGGUAUUGGUCAACACUAGCAAGGGAUGUGCCAUUCGCUGGUUUAAUGGUCACGUUCUACGAGGCUUUUAAAAAUGUGACAGAACAUGGAUUACAAAGAUUGUUUCCGAAUUCAAAUCUCUCCAUGAAUAGCACUCUUGAGGGCCUCAUAUUAGGAGGACUAGCCGGCGGUUUGUCUCUAUCUGAUAUUAAUGUCCUUAUUGUGACUUUGUGAGUUGUGGCUCAUGGUAGUGUCUUAUUUUCUUGCGGGUAUUUUAUAGGUCUAAGUGCAUACCUGACAACUCCGCUGGAUGUUGUCAAAACGAGGUUGCAAGUACAAGGAAAAACCUUAAGGUAUCGUUCUAGCUCACUGGCAAUAUUUUGAUGCUGUUUUAUUUGCUUUUUCCACUGCUGAAUAGACGGCUUCAUUCUAAAUGUGCCUAGAAACGCAAAUAGUGGGCUGAAAAAAUUGUUGAUAUUCAUUUAUCUGUGCUACUGCUACCAUGAAACUUGUGAUGGUAUGAUGGUGGGGAUGGUGGUAGUUAAGAUCGCUGAUUGUCAGUUGAAUGUAGGUGGUUAUAAUUUGCAGUGAUUUACUGCACUUGUCAGUCUUGUCUGUAUGUUUUUAUUGCUCUCUUACUGUACAACGUGUACCCUGAUUGUAAAAUAGAUGAUAAUCACAGUAUGUUUCCAUUAUUGUUAUGCUUCCAGGUACAAUGGCUGGUUUGACGUAAUUCAGAAGACAUGGUCAGAUGAAGGGAUGAGGGGUAUGUUCAGGGGCAGUAUUCCUAGAAUUAUAUGGUACGUUCCAGCCUCUGCUCUGACUUUCAUGGCCGUGGAGUUUCUCCGAGAUCAUUUCAAUGAAAAAGUAGACGAUGGCAGAUUGGAAGGAGCUACAAGCAUCUCAGUGGACAAGAAAAGCUCUUCCCUACCAAAGGCUGCUUAGAUCUAAGAAGGAAAAUAAUAUUUGAUUCACUCCUCUAGCACAGUCCAUUUUCAUAACGAGGCGAAAUUACAUAGGAACUAACAAGUCAUGUCGACGGUCUUUCUGAUUGUGGAAAUGACUCAGUACGGCAGACGCAACUAGUAUAGUAAGGAAAGCAGCCCAAUUGAGAGGUGAAUAUUUAGAACACUGCAUUAUUUAUAGCCUUAUUAGAUAUGCUUUCAACCAUUGGUUCAUGUUUGCCUGUUCUAGCAGAGGCAAUUUACGGGACGUUGCGACAUACAGUAAGAGUAAGACUUGGAUAAAGAGAAGAUCUGUUUAAUUUUCAAAUGACACAAGUUCUGCGAGUUUUUUACCCAAAAAAUUAUCCAAGGAAAAAGGUAAACAAAAAUAAAACAAAC